CUUACUGUUUCACGGCAUGUUAUGCUUAUGCAUUCUCAGUUUUGAGAAGCUGUGCUGCCCGACUGUGCGCAAACUGGGAUCUUUGCUGCUUCGCUGGUAGGCAAGUUUCAAGCGCCUGGCCUAGUGAAACACGGGACUCUAUCGAUCCUCAAACUGAAUGGUCUCUGCACGCCUCGAGUCAAAAGACAACAAGGCGUUCUUGCGACGACCUCGUGCGGCUGCUGGCCCUCUGGAAUGCCUUUGGAAGUUCGGGCAUGAUACUCAUUCAAGGUGGUUAUCAUGAAAGACAGUCAGUCCUGUCAGCAGGCAUCCCCAGGCUCCCUGCACCCCCGCCAACGUGUGCGUCGGCUCGCUACGUUGCACUACCCACCGCGCCACAGCCUUCUCUGUCCUCUCCUUCGCGAGCUUUCCCAGCCAGCCUCCACUCUCUGCCUCCGGUUCUGCUCCCUCGCACUGCCGUCCAGCCGCCACCGCCUCCUUUUCCUUCCCCUCCUUCGCGCGCUGUCAGCCUCCAGCCUCCCCACUCGCUCACAUUCCACUCGACCCAGGCCCCACCUUCUCCUGCUCGCUUACCCAACCAGCCCGGCUUUGACCACCGCGCUCCCUGGCCAGCCCGCAUCCACUGCCGCCUCCUCCCACACAUCCCCGUCCAGCCCACCUCAGCUUUUGCCCGUUCCUCAAGAACCACCGUGCGCGCGCCCUUUCCAGCGGCUGGUGUCAAGCCCGCAGGUAACGGCGUGCCGGCACGUGCGAUGCGCCCCGCCUCAAGAACCACCGUGCGCGCGCCCUUUCCCGCGGCUGGUGUCAAGCCCGCAGGUAACGGCGUGCCGGCACAUGCGGUGCGCCCAGCUUACGCCUCAAGAACCACCGUGCGCGCGCCCUUUCCCGCGGCUGGUGUCAAGCCCGCAGGUAACGGCGUGCCGGCACGUGCGAUGCGCCCCGCCUACGCCUCAAGAACCACCGUGCGCGCGCCCUUUCCCGCGGCUGGUGUCAAGCCCGCAGGUAACGGCGUGCCGGCACAUGCGGUGCGCCCAGCCUACGCCUCAAGAACCACCGUGCGCGCGCCCUUUCCCGCGGCUGGUGUCAAGCCCGCAGGUAACGGCGUGCCGGCACAUGCGGUGCGCCCAGCCUACGCCUCAAGAACCACCGUGCGCGCGCCCUUUCCCGCGGCUGGUGUCAAGCCCGCAGGUAACGGCGUGCCGGCACAUGCGGUGCGCCCAGCCUACGCCUCAAGAACCACCGUGCGCGCGCCCUUUCCCGCGGCUGGUGUCAAGCCCGCAGGUAACGGCGUGCCGGCACGUGCGAUGCGCCCCGCCUACGCCUCAAGAACCACCGUGCGCGCGCCCUUUCCCGCGGCUGGUGUCAAGCCCGCAGGUAACGGCGUGCCGGCACAUGCGGUGCGCCCCGCCUACGCCUCAAGAACCACCGUGCGCGCGCCCUUUCCCGCGGCUGGUGUCAAGCCCGCAGGUAACGGCGUGCCGGCACAUGCGGUCCGCCCCGCCUACGUAACGGCGUGCCGGCACAUGCGGUGCGCCCCGCCUACGCCUCAAGAACCACCGUGCGCGCGCCCUUUCCCGCGGCUGGUGUCAAGCCCGCAGGUAACGGCGUGCCGGCACAUGCGGUGCGCCCCGCCUACGCCUCAAGAACCACCGUGCGCGCGCCCUUUCCCGCGGCUGGUGUCAAGCCCGCAGGUAACGGCGUGCCGGCACGUCGCUACGUGUGUGGCGCCUCCCGUCAUCGGUGCACAGGCCUUCAUGGAGCCUGCCACCCGCUCAGCGCAAGCAUUGACUGUGAUGACAGUCAGGCUCACGGCACGCGCUGCACGGUGGCGGGGUGCUGCUCGAACACUCGGACAAUGCCCCAGUGCUGCUGCUCUGUGCGCGUCAGGCCACAGCGUUAACAAGGUCGCGUCAUGUUGGAAGGCUGCCGCAUCACUAGCGGUGCCGAGCAAUGGCAGUGCACCCAUUGCCGACAGGCGGCGGAGCUGCAGGGGUGCGCGUAAUCUGGAUAUGCUCCGGCAGUGGAGCUGUCCGGGACUGCCAAUACAUGAUGCGGUGCGCCCUGGUGGCGCUUCCACCAUGGGCUCAACCAGUGGACGCACGACUGGUUUACAGGUGACGCGGCAGCAGGAACGGGGAGGUUCCAUGCCUCAGAUUGCCGCCAUGGACACAACCGCCUUCCUCACCUCCUCCGCGGUCAAGUAUGGGCCCGUGUGCAAGCUGUGGUUCAGCACUCAGGCCUGGUUCAGCACUCAGCCCUGGGUCAUCAACGACCCCAAGCUCGUCAGGCGCCACUCCUUCCGCUGGCGCGCCCGCCCCUCCCUUCGCCUCCUACUUCCAAGUCAUGACGGGCGAGAACCGGGCCAUCGACCGGGCGGGGGUUGGUGCUGGCGGAGGGUGAGGCAUGGCGCCGCACCAGGCGUGUGUUGGAGGGCUCCAUCAUCCACCCCGCCAGGAAACGAGUGGUGGGGCAGCACAACGCAGCAGCAUGCUACGCGAUGCACUUUUGGGGCGGGCUGGUCCAGACCGGCCUUCCACCAUCACAAGUGCUGAACAUCUUAUUGGAGGAUACAGGUUGCGCAGCUGGCUGCGUGCUGCACGUGCUUCAGCAGUCAUCAGUCCGUGUCACUGAAUGGUGUAUUGCCUGGGAGGACUCUGCCCUGGGUCGGGGUAAUCAAUUGCAACCACGUAUGCGUAUUGUACUUUAAGGACUGAUGUGCUGCGUGUGAAACUUGGUUGGUAGGGUGGUGCGGGGUGGGGCAUGGAAGCGGAUACGGCAUUUUAGAACUGGUGGGGUGUCCGUAAGAAUGGAAGCAUCGAGUCCAAGCAUAAGGGCCCACGCGUCUCUUGUUGGGUUCUACCUUGCAAGCAUUUUUAUAGUUGAACAAGAAAGACCGGGCCGUGGCAAGCACUAUGUCCAAUGCAUGGCUGUCCAGGAUAGGGACCGCACAUCAGUGUACUGGUAAAUGGCAGGCAUGCGUCCGUGUGGCUGCGGCGUGUAGGCAGUGCCUGUGAAUGACGCCAGGAACACUUGUCAAGUUGCGAUAGAACGUGAAAGAAGCCUCCAUGCAACGUAAUAGCAUGAUAGAGGU